AUCCAAACACCAAACUCAUUUCCACCACCUUGCUUUUUGCUUUGCUUUUCUUCCAAGUAUUCCAUGGCAGCAGCCACUGUUCCUCAGCCCGAAGAAACUAGAUCUCCAAACUCAAUCGAGAGGGGAGUUUCCGAUCAAGAAGUCAACAUCAGAUUCGACUACUCCAAGAGAGCACAGUGGCUUCGGGCCGCUGUCUUAGGCGCAAACGAUGGUUUGCUCUCAACUGCCUCCCUCAUGAUGGGAGUUGGCGCCGUGCGAACGGACGUUUCCACCAUGUUCCUCACCGGGCUCGCCGGUCUGGUGGCAGGUGCGUGUAGCAUGGCGAUUGGUGAGUUUGUGUCUGUUUACUCACAGUAUGACAUCGAAAUGGCGCAAAUUAAGCGAGAUAUCAUGUCUGGGAAUUGUGACGAUCGAGAUCUGGAGGUGAGGGAGAAGAGUCUGCCUAGUCCGCUGAGGGCGGCGGGUGCGUCUGCGCUGGCUUUUGUGGUUGGGGCCGUGGUGCCGCUGCUAGGGGCGGCGUUUAUAAAGGACUAUAUGGUGAGGUUGGGAGUGAUGACGGCCGUGGUGAGCUUAGCAUUGCUGGGUUUCGGUGGGUUGGGGGCGGUGCUGGGAGAUGCGCCGGUGGUAAAAUCAUCUUUCAGGGUGCUUGUCGGAGGCUGGUUGGCCAUGGGAAUAACUUUCGGCCUCAUUAAGGCAAUUGGUACUUCUGGACUAUAAUUAAUUCGUUAGUCAUGUAAGAAUGUGUUCAUUAAAAAAGUAUUUAACUG